AUGUCUCUACCACGCGAAGAUAUCGAGUUCAGAGCUUGCGAUGGCACUAUCCUUCGUGGUUGGUUCUACCCGAGAGAGGAAAUUUCACCAUGCAUCAUAAUGUCUCACGGUCUCGGUGGCACGUACCAUUUUUUGAUGCCAGAGUUUGCCUCUGCGUUCCAUAACGCCGGAUAUGCUGUGCUCCUCUACGAUAACCGCAACUGGGGGGACAGCGAUGGCUUGCCCCGAGAAGAGUCAAACCCAGCGCUGCAGCAAACCGGCUACUACGACGCUUUCAACUACGCGACGUUGCCUUCAGUCGACCCCACGAAGAUAGUAUAUUGGGGAACUAGCUUUUUUGGCGGCAACGUCAUCUAUGCUGCAGCCUUAGACAAGCGUAUCAAGGCUGCCAUCAUUCAGGCCCCCCCUGUGUCUGGCGAAACUCGAUCUCUGGCUUUCAAGCAUCGCAUUCCGGAGUUACUAGAGGACAGAAAACGUAUUGUAUUCGAUCUGGAACGUGGCAUCGUCCCUCUAAUUGCCCCAGAUCGAGAGUCCGCAGAUCCGUCGAAAACAGACGCAAUUCGCUGGGAGAACUACAUCACCUCUCAAACUCAGCUCCAUAUGCUCGGGUUUGAGGGACAGAGUAUGAUUCAUAGGAUUUGCCCUACACCUAUUCUAAUGGUUAUUCCUGGCAACGAUGUCUUGGUAUCAACCUCGUCCCAGAUGGACGCCUUCAACAAAGCCAAGGAGCCGAAGCAGUUACAUUACUUAAAAGACUGCGGUCACUUUGAUAUAUAUAUCGGAGACCACUUUAGGGAUAACAUCAAAGCUCAGGUUGACUUUUUGAAUCAAUAUGUCAACUAG